AUGACCGCCGUGAGCUCCGUCGCGCACGUCGCCGCCGCGCGUCACCAAACGCCGCGGCGUCGAGGCGAGAUCGUCGCGCACGCGCGACGAUUCGGCGCCGCCGCCAGGUCGUCGAGCGUGAAAACGCGAGCCGUCGCCGAGCCGGCGCAGAGCGGGAAGGCGACGGUGCGAGAUGAGAUUCGUAACAUUGCCAUCAUCGCGCACGUCGAUCACGGGAAGACGACGCUGGUCGACUCGAUGUUGGCGCAGUCAAAGGUGUUUCGGGAAAACGAAAAGGUUGAGGAGCGCAUCAUGGACUCAAACGAUCUCGAGCGCGAACGCGGGAUCACGAUUCUGUCGAAGAACACGGCGGUGACGUACAAAGAUAAGAAGAUCAAUAUCGUUGACACCCCGGGGCACGCCGAUUUCGGUGGUGAGGUUGAACGCGUGUUGAACAUGGUCGAUGGCGUCUUGCUCUUGGUGGAUAGCGUGGAGGGACCGAUGCCGCAAACGCGUUUCGUGCUCAAAAAAGCGCUUGAAAUCGGACUCAAGGUUGUCGUCGUCGUGAACAAGAUCGAUCGCGAAGGCGCUCGUCCGGAUUACGUCGUCGAUAAUACGUUUGACUUGUUCUGCAACCUCGGCGCGACGGACGAGCAAUGUGAGUUCCCGGUCAUCUACGCCUCGGGCUUCAAGGGUAUCGCCGGUCCGGAGCCGGAUCAGCUCGCAGAUGACCUCGGGCCGUUAUUCGAGAUGAUCGUGAACGAAGUUCCAGGUCCGACCGCGGACGUCGAUGCUCCGCUACAAAUGUUGGUCACCAACUUGGAUUACGACGACUUCAAGGGUCGUAUCGCCCUCGGCCGUGUGCGCGCCGGUACCAUGUCUAAGUCGACGAACGUCAAGAUCGGUGUCCCGGGUAAGGACGCGCGCAACGGUAAGGUCAACGAGGUGUUCAUUUACAAUAACUUUGUCAGAACUGGUAUCGACUCUGUCGGCGCCGGUGACAUUUGCGCCAUCGCGGGCCUCGACGACGUCAUGAUCGGCGAAACCAUCAUGGCUGACGGCGCUGAACCGCUCCCGACGAUUGAGGUCGAAGAACCCACUGUUCGUAUGGCGAUGAGCGUCAACACUUCUCCGUUCGCGGGUCAAGAAGGUAAGUACGUCACCUCGCGAAACUUGAAGUCUCGCCUUGACCAGGAGCUCGAGCGCAACUUGGCGCUCAAGGUUGAACCGGGUGACACCGCCGAUACCUUCAUCCUCUGCGGUCGUGGUGCGCUUCACAUCACCAUUUUGAUUGAAACAAUGCGACGCGAAGGGUACGAGUUCACCAUUGGCCCGCCGGAAGUCAUCACGAAGCGUGACGAGAGCGGCUCCAAGAUUGAGCCGUAUGAAGAGGCAUUCAUCGAAGUGCCCGAAGAGUACACCGGAUCCUGCGUUGACAUGCUCUCCAACCGCAAGGGCCAAAUGCUUGAUCUCCAAACCGAUGACAAGGGAACGACCAGACUCAAGUACAAGGUCCCAACUCGGGGCUUGCUCGGCUUGCGUAACGCCAUUUUGACCGCCACGCGCGGUACCGCCGUCUUGAACACCAACUUCGACGAGUACGGGCCGUGGUCCGGCGACAUUUCGAUGCGCGAUAACGGUUCCCUCGUCGCGCACGAAACCGGCCAAGUCACCUCCUACGCCAUCCAAAGCGCGCAAGAUCGCGGUAUCUUGAUUGUCAAGCCGGGCAUCGACGUCUACGAAGGUCAAGUCGUCGGCAUUCACCAGCGCGCCGGCGACUUGAAGGUGAAUGUGUGCAAGAAGAAGGCGGCCACGAACGUUCGAUCGAACAAAGACGCCACUGUGGUUCUCAACGAGUCCAAGGAAAUGAGCCUUGAUGACUGCGUCGAAUACAUCGCUUUCGACGAGCUCGUUGAAGUCACGCCAAAGAGCAUUCGGAUCUGCAAGAACCCGAAGAUCAACACUAAACGACAAAAGAACUAG